AUUGAACAAAAAAUGAAUAAAAUCACAUUGGAUAAGAAUUUGAGCCUAAUGUUUAUCUGUCUUAUAUCUACAAGCCUGCUGUGAAAGAACAUUAAAAAUGUGUUGAUAGCUGUAUUGCAGUUUCAGCUUUUUGCUAAUUCAUCAAAUGGUCUACAUCACAACCUUCAUCAUCGACUCCUUUCACUGGUACAACUUUUUUCACCUUUUUUUUGGCUGCACUUCAUCAUCUAAAACCUCAAUCGUUUUUGUUGUGAUUCCUCUCUUUUUUCGGCAUCUUCUCCACUUCAACAUGAGGCCUUUCUCAAUCUUCCAAUAGCCACGUGCUCUUACUUGCUCUUUGACUUGAAUCAAAGAGAAAUUUCCAACGCCAUUAGCUCCCACGAAGCCCUGAACUUCCCCAGGUCGGGUACCGUGACCAUGUUAGAAAGCAACAGAAAUAAGCAAGUUGCCUCUGAAACUUCGCCUGAAUGAACAAACCUAUGCAAUAUAACAGAGUUUGGGCCGGCAGGGCCAUAACGAUGGGUUGUACCCUUCUUGGAGGCGAUACUCGUCCGUUCCUCAUCCGACAUCUCUCUCGCUCUAUUCAACUGGUUAGCAGCCAGCCACUUCAGCCAACUAAGUUCCCUCAUCUCGGCAUCAAAAUCAACAUUUUCUUCCACACCCAAGAGUCCAACUAUGGUAUAAAUUCAAAUUCUAGAUCCAAUUCGAAACCCGCCCUAUGCCCUCUUCCCUUCCUUUCCUUGGACAGUUCCACCACGGCAACCACCCACGUCAUUGCCCGAGGUCGCUUGUCCUACGAUGACGUACAAGAGGCGGUCGGAAAACUCAUCCGCAAUCAUCUCCGGGGCGACAAGCGCAGCCAAGCCGCAUUCCCCAACAGUAUGGGAGGGGACGAGUUCGUGUGCACGCCUGUGAUCAAGCUCCUAUGGGAUCAGGUUCUCAAAGCUACUGGAAUUUCAAAUGAAGAGGAGCUCAACAGAAUGGUCAGUAUCAAGCAUUUCGAAUUAACUGUUAAUUUGAAUAUACGGAUCGGAUACUAUUAUACGUAUAUAUUUGGCAAGGGCCGCAUGGCCAUGGCUACCUCGGGGUUCCGGAUGAUGAAGUUUUGUGGUGAUGUGGCGGCAACAGAGACGUCUUACCCUUGUGCCAUCUGCUCAAAGGAGAUCGUUGGGGCAAUGGCAUUUCGUUUGCCGUGUACUCAUUUGUUUCAUGCCGAAUGCAUAGUGAAACGGCUGAGGAAGAGUCACCGUUGUCCUACUUGCUACUACGAGAUGCCAACCAAAAAAUGACUAUUUUUAGUGAUGUUUUAUUUCAGCAGUGGUGAAGCCAUCAAUAUAUUGAUUAAGUAUAUACUUCAUCUAUUCCAUAGCAGUGGAGUCAUUUUGUCAUUUUGGUACGUUCUAUAGUAGUGGAAUUAUUUC